AGCUCGGAUUUACGUUACAAAUAAUUAAUUACUGUAAGAAGUAGCAUAGCUAAAGUCAAUCUCUUUAUGGUUGAGGUACAUUAAUUACAUUUUCACAAAUUAGUAUUAGUAUUUCCUUUGUUGCGUAAUUGUCUCCAGUUGGAAUUUUUAUUGAUUUGGUAUUAAUUCAUUAAUGUGGCUUAUUGCUCCAUGUUGAUUUGUGUUUUUAGGUUUAUUCGUGAUCGACAGACGAUAUAUUUACGAAAUCAAGUCAACUGAUUUUAAUGGGAGACAGUUAUAAUGCAUUAAAUACAAGUUAAAACCAGAGCUAUGUAGAAUACACCAUACCUGCUCAUUACAAUUAUUGGCGGUGUCCCUGAACGCAGCACGACCCCGGAAAUUGACAGUUGGCGAACAGGAAGUAGCGCGCGCUCCACAAUGGCUGCAGCAGGAUGAUCCAUUCAAGCUGAUGUCAGCCGAUACAAACGGGACUACAGAGGACGGCGACCGCGUCGAGGAGGUCAGCGAACGCAACUCUGCCCCGCCUGCGUUUGAGGAAACGACCGUGGACCCCAACACCUCCGUGACCAUGUCGAACUUUUGGCUCAACUUGUGCUACAGCGAUGACUCUGCGCGGCGGAGACCUCCGAGGGGGAACCGGGGGAGAUACAAGGGGUUUCAACACAGGGCGCAUCCUCUCGAGCAGCGGGGCUUCCCGGAAGGUCGCGACCUGAUCCACCACAGACACGACCCGCAUCUGCGCCAAAACGGCGGCUUUACGCACUACGCGGGUUCCCCGCAUCCUCGCGGCGCAGCCAGCGCUUCGCCCUCCGCGGCCUCGACGUCCACACACCAGCUGCCUUCCUGCUCUGCGACCAACAGGGGCUGCCACGGGAGGCCGGCGAGCAGAAAACCGCCGCCGGCUGCCGCCGCCGCCUCCUCCGCCCCCUCCGCCCACCGGCCCUCGCCGGCGUGCAGCCACAAACCUGCCGCCGCCGUCGCCGCCCACCGGCCCUCGCCGUCGUGCAGCCACAAACCCGCCGCCGCGCAAACGUCGGCGGGAAUCCCCACCAAGUACCUGGCUCUGGACUGCGAGAUGGUGGGCACGGGGCCGAAGGGGAGCAUCAGCCAGCUGGCCCGCUGCAGCCUGGUGUCCUACGAGGGAGACGUGGUUUACGAUAAAUUCAUCAACCCCUCCAUGCCCGUCACCGACUACCGCACCCGGUGGAGCGGCAUUCGGCGCUGCGACCUCGUCAACGCCAUGCCGUACGUAGAGGCCCGGAAGGAGAUCCUGAGGCUGCUCAUGGGCAAGGUGGUGAUCGGCCACGCCGUCCACAACGACUUCAAGGUGCUCGGGUACUCGCACCCCGCCGCCCUGACCAGAGACACGUCUCGGAUCCCGCUGCUCAACCUGAGGGCCGGCUUCGCCGUGGCCGAGUGCGCCUCGCUGAAGAGGCUCACCAAGGCCAUCCUCAACCGGGACAUCCAGACCGGGAAGAAGGGCCACUCUUCUGUGGAGGACGCCAAGGCCACCAUGGAGCUUUACAGAGUGGUGGAGGUGGAGUGGGAGAGGAAGCUGGCCUCCAGGUCCCAGGCCUGCUAGAGGGUCGGAAGAGACAACGUGGAAAUAAAUAAAUAAAAACUGGGUUCAAGUUGACGUUUCGGGGGCCGUUACUCGCGGCGGUGAGGUCACGGCCGCGGCGCCCGGACGCGGCGCCGCUCGGGCCUUCAGCUCCAGCAGCUCUUUCUCAGGGUUUGUGCAUUGUGUCUUUUAAAAAAAAAACAUUUUAAAAGGUGCUCCUGCCACCAGGGGGCAGUCAUGUCUUAAUCCCAGCAACAAAACUACAUCACGAACACCCCAACAACAACAACAACAACAACAAAAAAGAGCUCACUUUAUGGAUAAUUAAUGGUUCUUCUGUUUUAUUUUAAUGUGAAUGUGAGAAAACCGAGAAUAGAUUUCUAGAAAGAAAGUUAAAACCUUUUAACCCCUAAACGACCUCCGUGGUCCUCGAUGUUCAUGCACUGUCUUAAUGAGACUGUUGUUGACUCCACCGGCAUCCUGUUGACCUGUUGACCUGUUGACCUGUUGACCUCCACUCUUCAUGUACGGCGGAUGUUUUUUAACUAAGGAAGUGCUUCAGAGUUCGGUGCUCAACUCCAAUAAAUCAAUUCCUCAUCAUCGA